AUGACCUUUAAAACCCUCAUCUCUAGUGACUCCACCCUGGCUUACUAUGACCCAAAGCAGCCAGUGACCCUCGAGGUUGAUGCAUCCCAGAAAGGACUCGGUGAAGCUCUACUCCAGCAUGGUCGGCCUGUUGCUUUUGCAUCCAAAGCCCUAUCAGACACUCAGUCAAGAUACUCGAACAUAGAGCGUGAAGCACUUGGUCUCGUCCAUGGCAUUGAGCGGUUUCACACAUACCUUUACGGCCGAUUUUUUACCGCUAUCACGGACCACAAGCCCCUUGUGAUGCUAAAAGAGAAGCCUCUCUACCGACUACCAGGCCGCCUAGAUCGAAUGUUCCAGAAAAUUGGAGGAUACAACUUUGAACUAGUUUAUCGCCCCGGCUCCGAGAUGAUUCUCUCUGAUGUGCUAAGUCGCCUGCCCAACCCGUCCAAUAAUACUGAAGUAAAACUAGCUACCAGAGUCCAUUCUGUCGCAGCUGAUGUAGUGCCAGAAACUUACCAGGAUCAGGAGAUAGAGGGUGACACGAUCAACCAAGACCUUGUCCACUGUGGAAUCUACAAACCACAGCAACUCCGUGACCUCACAAGCAGCGAUCCAGUCCUGCAGCAAUUAAGCGAGUACAUCUGGAGAGGCUGGCCAGCAAAACAGCAUGAUCUUCCAGCACCAUUAAGACAGUUCUGGUCAUACAGAGAUGAGCUAGCUAUUGAGGAUGGUAUACUGUUCAAGGGAAAGCAAGUCGUUAUUCCAGAGACACUUCGAAAAAACAUCCUCGAACAGCUCCACGAUGCUCACCAGGGCAUUGAGAAAACAAGAAGGCUGGCGAGGGAAUUGGUAUACUGGCCCAACAUUAACAAAGAUGUGGAAGAUCUUGUCUCGAAAUACAGUACUUGCCAGGAGUACCGACCUCAAGACAAGAAGGAGCCCCUUAUCCCGCAUGAGAUUGCCAAAGGACCAUGGAUGAAAUUGGCCUCAGAUCUAUUUGAGGUCAACGGUCGUAUGUAUCUUGUCUUAGCGGACUACUUCACCAAGUACCCGAUUGUUGCAGAGAUGCCGCCACCCGUUACUUGCAAGAAAGUCACGAAAGAAAUCCGCAGUGCCUGCAGCUUCUUCGGCCGACCAGACGAGAUCAUCAGUGACAAUGGAGGACACUACACAGGAGCCGAGAUGAAGACGUUCUGCAGUGAGUGGUCCAUUACGCACACAACCUCAUCGCCACGAUACCCGCAGAGUAAUGGUUUCAGCGAAGCCAUGGUGGAUCUUGUAAAGCGUACUAUCAAGAAAUGUACGAAGACGGGCAAAUCCUUGGAUGUAGCCAUGAUGAACCUUAGAGCCACACCUAUUGGGCCGGGGUUACCAUCGCCUGCCGAGAUGAUGUUUGGCCGUCGUCUGAACACGCUGAUUCCGUCGCAUCACACUACUACCAGCGCUACAGCCCAGCAGAGACAACAACUAGAAAAGAAAAGUCAAACCAUGAAGGAACAAUACGAUCAAACCGCCCUUCCUGAAGACCUGCCACCGUUGCUCACGGGCCAGAUUAUCCGCUAUUACGACAAGCUGAGUGAGACAUGGAAACCAGGCAAAGUGAUUAAACAGUUGGAGUACCUACCAAGAUCGUACAUCAUUGAGACGAGCCAAGGUGUACGACUGCGUAGAAACCGGUGUCACGUCCAUGCGGUACCACAGGCUGCCAACCCCGCUAUACAGCCUGUCGCUACACGUAUCAACCCAGGUCAUCAUCAUGUGCCGGUAAUUCCACCCCCCAGUGACCAGGUGGCAUUUCAGACUGAUGCCAGCCAGGGAAAUGAUACUACGUGUCCGGGACCACCAAGCAUGCCGAACGGAGAACUCCGCAAUGCGAGCCCAGGAAAGGUCCCAGCUACUAGUAAUCCGAAGCAGGUUGUCUCUACUCGUUCAGGUCGCGCAGUCGUAAAACCAAUCAGGUACCGCGACGACUAG